AUAGAUCAUCCAUUUGUUUCUUUUUUUAUACAGAAACAGGGAUUACGGGUAACAUGCUCAAGAUACGUGACGUCACGAGAUACGCAGCAGAUGAGUAUAUAUGUCGUGCACAAAAUCAGAACGGUGAGGCAGAGAGGCGAAUACGCAUCACAGUUAAUUUUGCACCGGAAGUUACUGUUAUGGAACCGGAAGUGUAUGCAGCUGGAGGGGAAGUAGUUGUUAUGUCAUGCGCUGUAUCUGCCUCGCCUCUUUAUGAUGCAUACUGGACAAAAGGAAGUGACGUAAAUGGAAAGCGAAUAGAAUCAGACUGGAAAUACAGAAUUAUGUCUGAAGAUGAAAGUGAUCAAAUGCCGGUCAGGUUUUUGACCUUAAUCAUUAAGAAGUCGAUAGUUUCUGUACAAGAUUACGGCAUUUACACAUGCGUUGGUAAAGGUGAAGGACUGGUGGCACACGGCUAUGUAGAGCUAAUACAAAGGCACCAGAAAAUGAUAGGCAAACAUGUGUAGAGAAGAAAAGGCGUAUAUGUGAAUGCUUAAGAAACGGAUUUGGGUGGAGCUUCGAGGUUAUAUAUCCAAGGGACACAAUCUGUGAUAAACGGCAUUUAUUUAUAGCAGAUUUGUAAAUGGUUAUUCGCAUUGGUCCAGUCAACGAAAGGUUUAUUUACGCAAGAGAGACAAAUUGUGAUAAACGGGAUCUGUUUAUUAUAGCAGACUCGUAAAAGGUCUAGUCAACGCUGAGGUUUAUAUACCCAAGGGAGAUAAUUUGUGGCGGAAUAUAUUUAAAGCAGACCUGAAAACGGCUAUUCUUAUUUGUUUAGUCAACGACCCAAAGUUGAGUUGAUGUUUAUAGACCUAAUGGAGACAGUUUGUGAUAAACGACCAGAAGUAGAAAAUGACGUAUUUUGUGAUUUAUCUCUUGUAAUGAAUUUACUGAAAAGAUUAGUUUUUGUACAAUUUUUAAUAUUCCCAAAUUAUUUAAUAGAUAUGUGGUGAGUAA